UUGCGCACUCUUUAGCGGCGUUUCGGCUCAGUCGUUUCUCGUUUCGUGUCGUUUCGCAUCGGUUUAGAUCAGCUGAGGCUUAGUCUUAAUAGAAUCUCAGCAGGAGAACGACUUGUCAUCAUGGACUUUGACAAGAUCUUGGAGAAGUGCGGAAAUGCGGGUCGCUAUCAGUACCUCAUGAUACUGCUGCUCGGGUAUAUCGCCUUCACCACGACCGUCCACUACUACUCACAGAACAUCAUCGGGUUUGUGCCCCAGCAUUGGUGCUACCACGAUCAGCUGGCGGACCUCAGCUUCGAGGAGAUCGCAGCCAUCUAUGCGCCCUUUGGCAAAGACGCCUCCUGCACCCGCCUGGAGAAGAUCGAGGGCAACAAUCUGACGGUCAGUUCGGAGGCCUGCCAGCGCUGGAUCUACAACUACGACUAUGGAUUCAGGAGCAUGAAUGCCGAGCUCAACUGGGUCUGCGAUGACGCCUACAAGGCACGCAUCGGCCAGUCGCUGUUCUUCCUGGGCUCCCUGAUGGGCACCUUCACCUUUGGCAUGCUGGGCGACAGGAUUGGGCGAGUGCGAGCCGUGAUCCUGGCCAACCAGUGCGGUUUCGUGGGCGACUUCCUUACCACCUACGCGACGAAUCUGGUGCAGUUUGCCAGCUUUCGCUGCAUUUCGGGUCUGGCCGCCACAGCCAAUUAUUAUCUGAUGUUUAUUCUGGUUCUGGAAUACUUGGCCCCCAAGCUAAGAAAUUUGGCUAUUAGCGGAACCCUGGGUAUUUGCUUCUGCUUGGGGGCCCUGGUGGCACCCUGGCUAUCGGUGCUGGCCGGCAACUGGCGCAUCUACUUGACCUGCUCGGCCCUGCUGCAGCUGGUGGUGGCCCUGUUCUACUUUGUGGUGCAGGAGAGCGCCCAGUGGCUGAUCACGCGGACCAACGUGGAGGGCGCCAUUGCCCGGCUGAAGCACAUUGCCCACUUCAAUGGCCGCCAAGUGGCGGCUGCGGACUUCGAGGCAUUCCGCAGAAACUGCAUAGCCAAGAGGAAGCUAUCGAAUCAGCCGGAACAGACGGCUGGGAUCAUUGACCUGAUGCGAACACCGAAUCUGCGCAAGAUCUCCUUGCUGGUGGUACUGAUUUUCAUGCUGACUUCCUUGAGCUUCAAUACCAUUUCGCGGAAUGUCGAGGGCUUGGGUAUGUCGCCCUUUGUGGUCUUCUCGCUGUUUGCUUUGGUCGUCCCGCCAUCGGGCUUCAUCCAGGGUCUGCUGCAGAGCCGAGUGGGUCGCAAGGCCACCGCCUUCCUGGCCAUGCUCUGCACGGGGCUGCUGUCCUGCGCCCUGGGCGUGGCCCUGUCCACGGAGGGAGCCCAGAGCAGUGUGACGCUGCUGCUGUCCUUUGCCCUGCCCAUGCGGCUGGGCAUCUCCUUGUGCUACACAGUCACCUCCCAGUACGCCUCCGAGCUGCUGCCCACCUGUGUCCGAUCGCGGGGCAUUGCCGCAGUGCAUCUGGCGGCGGCGGGUGCCUCCUUUCUGUCGCCCUAUCUCAUACAUUUGGGCACAAAACUGGCAGCGGCCACGUCCCUGAUCCUGGCCCUGCUACUGCUGACUGCCUCCUUCUGCACCCUCAUGCUGCCGGAGACCAACAACAGACAACUUCCCAUCACCUUGGCCGAUGGCGAGGCCUUUGGCAAGGGCGAGUCCAUGCUCUCCUUUGAUUGCUGGCGGCCCCACGAUGACGACGUGGCCAAGCAGCCCGCCGAAGAGCUGAAGCUCCACCGGAUCAACGGCCAAACGGAGGCAGAAGUCUAGUCCACCCAUAGGUAUUAGAAAUAAGACACAAAACGAUUGUCAGUAGAUGUGAAUUUUGCUUUAUUUGAUUGAUUCAUUGCGGUUCACAAUUUCUAACACAAUUUUUACUUGGAGCGAGAGUCCGUAUGGGGCGUAUUGAGCCAAUUUCUUGAGCUCGUUAUUAUUAUUAAUUUUCGGGGAAUCGUGUAUCGUGUGGGUAUUUUUUGUUGUUGUUGUCGCAUGUUUUAAGUACUUACUUGUAAGUAAAAGGUUCAUAAGUAUCUUGUAUCUUGUAAAUGGUUAUGUAAACUCUUGUAAUUAUGCAACGCUUAAAUGCCAUAAACAUAACGGCUUUGUGUCUGUCUGUCUGUGUUCUUAGGGCCAUAGAAAGUCUUACCAAUUGCCUGGAAAAUCAGCAAACCGAUAGGUAUUCUCUGUGCACAGAAAUAUCUGCUUAAAUCUAAGACAGUCGCUCGAUAUUAAGAUUGGUUUUAGAUUGGAUUAGUAUAGCUUUCCAAUUGCUUCGAAAGACAUCAAUCAGUUUGAGGUAGAACUCAGGAAAUCUAUAGUAUAUAUAAUCGUAGUAUUGGUUAAAUUAUAGACUAUUGCAUUGUAAAAAGAUUGUUCUUAGGGCAGUACUUAGGAUAGAUCAGGUUGAGCUGUUAAACAGAACAUAGAUAUAGUACGGGUUGGCUACUUAAUAGGAAGGAAACCGUUCCAACGUUCAUCAGUAUCUAUGUGUGUGUGUGUGUCUGUGUGUGUGUACUCGCUAAAAAAAGUUCUCUACUUUAACGCAACAUGUAUAUUUUUUGGGGGCGUGGCUCAUCGGCCAAUACGGGAGGAGUGGGGGGGGUCUAUAUGCACAAUCGAUAUACUCAUAUUUGAUAAUCUUUUUUCUGAUUUUCUGAGCAAUUCCGGCGAUUGCUAACAAAUACAAUGGGUACAUAAAUAUUUUUUGCUUGAUAUUUGUAUCUUUAUCUUUUGUAACUACACUUUUUUUGUGAACAUGCCCGGGCAUCACCAAGCGGAUGCCCCAGGCAGUGUCAAAAACGCCAUCAGAAAUGUCCUAAUAGCUAUCGUUUUAUCUUAAGAACAUUUUGUUUUUUGUUUUCUGUUUUUUAUCUGCAAUUUCUUAAGACUAUGGGGAAUGCGAUGGUGGUAAUCGCAUACGCAUUGCUUGUAUAAGUAAUGUAUCUCAGUAGAUGUGUAUAUGUAUAUGUAUAUAGUGGCGGAUAGGUCUGAAGACUGCAUUCCAUAUGUAUAUCGUAUAUGCCUGAUCAACACUAGGGUUCACAAUAGUUCAGUUGAAUCUGGAAAUGCACAUCCCAUCCAAUACGUUACACAGUAAAAAGGUAAAAAGAUUCUUUCUCGCGAUGCCACGACCCGAGAGUGUGUCCGCGGAGUGUCCAGAGACGAGAGUGUAUUCUACGAGUAUAUGUAUAUGUCUAUGUAUAUGUAUAUGUUUCUGUAUCUGUAUAGCACCAUCUCAGAGAGUAAGUGGGUAAGUAAAGGUCGAGUACUAGUAUCCAUUGUUAAAACACAAUUUCAUAUCCAUUCCUCAUAUUCCAUUCCUAGGAUAGCAGCUCGUUUAGGUGGUAAGAAGUAAGUAAUAUAGUUUAUAGUAUAUAGAUAUAGUAGAAAAAUAUACUCGUACAUUUAGUAAACAUUGAAACAUUUUGGAGACGAGAGAAUAAACUAUAUAUCUACAUUUUUGUGUGUGUGUGUGUGUGUGGGUGUGUGGGUGUGAUUGGGAUCUCAACAAAUUUAUGGCUAGAUUAGAGAACCAA